AAGGUCACAUCUGUAAUUCCUGCAUCCACAAGAAUAACUACACUAGCAGCUGUUUACACCAUAUUUUGCUGGCCUGCUUGAGCCAAACCCUCACUCCGGAAAUGUUAGCCUGCCUCGGUCUUCAGAGUGAUAAAGAAAGGAUCGUUAAGGCCUGCGAGAAUCUGUAUGGCUUAGUAUACAUCUAUGUCUCUUCAACCAAUACAAUAUUCGAAAUCCUCAAUCAUUAUCUUGGCACUGAACUCCCCAUCUUGGCAGUAAAAGAAAACUUUAGCAUUAAAGAGAAUCUGCAGCUCCUGAUCAGUGCUUUGAAAGAUAUGAAAGCCACAAUGGGAUAUGAUGAAAAUGGAAGCGUAAGCCCAUCAUUUUAUUCUAGAAUUGCUGAACCGUUCAACACUUUGCAGGAGAACGUGGCUACAGUAAAAGGUCUUUAUAAUAAUUAUAAGGGGGUUGUAGGAAGCAUGGUGUGUGCAUUUGUUGGAGUGAUGUUACAAAGAGAUAAUUUCCCUGAAACAGUAGAGGCUGCUGUUCAUCAGUUACUGAGUUCACCUGCUUUAUCCCUCCAUGUAUCAGAACUUCUCUUGGACUAUGCUGAUAUUGCUAAAAUGCUGCAACAAAAUGAGCCACCAACCACCACAGCAAGCGGAUCCGCCUCAGGUGAAACAUCACAACAGCUCAGAUUUCGUUCUCUACCCUCCUCCUCUUUAAUUUUCAUACGGACCCUCCUUCGAGGACAGAGAACCAUAAAGAAAAGCCUGAAAACAGCAGCUGAAUACUUAGAGGAGGCUUGCAGAGUGCUGAGGCCACCUUGUGAAGCAUUCCAUACCUUUGUUAAAAUCCUGGAUUCCUGCAUCCCAGCAAUAGCAGAAAACUUGCAAGCUCCAUAAAUGUACUGAUGUGUUAGAAGUUCAUCUUGAUUCCUUUAACCCUCGAUGGCAAGUUUGAGGAAAGUUUGAGCAUGUCCGUACAGCACAUAUCUGCAGUAGCUGCUUCUGGUUCUCUCUGUAGUUCUUUUUGAAAUCUGUACUCCGUAUCUCCGAGCAUCUAGGCAUCAAAAUAAAGGUCUGUUGGUAAAUUA